AUGUCUCUCAGUACUAUUGAGACCCUGCCUCUGGAAGUUUUUCAGAACAUCGUCGCCUGCCUCGAGCUUGGCGACGAAGCCAGGCUAUAUUCAACAUGCCGUCGCCUACACCUCUAUGGUACGCCGCUUCUCUUGGAUCCCUUUCGGCGCAAUCAGAGGGCCGUGCUGUGGGCUCUUCGCCACGAUGAUGUCGCUCUUCUGCAGCGCUGCGAGCAAUCUGGCGCGCCGCUCAGCGUUGUGACUGUCUUUAAGACUAAGCAACCGGAGCAGGUUUUUAACAGAAAGGGCGAGCCUGGCCGGGUGCGUGUGUGCAGUCCCAAGCGCCUGUCAACGCUCGUGCUCGCCGUACGCGGACGGUCGCCGCGGGUAUUUGAACAUCUCUCCAUGCGGGGGUCCGGCUUCAAUGGCGUCGCGACGGCGGCGCUCCGGCUCCAGCUCCGAGGGCUCAUGAAGCGUUUGGUGAGCCCAGGCCGCCUUGAGACGCUACAGAAUCUCAUCGAGUGCGGCUUCAUCUCCAGCGUCGAGGCAUUCACAGACCGGGAUACGGCAUGGCCGUUGUCGCGCGCCAUUCUUGCGGGCGCAUCUGAGACGCUGGUGCAGCUCUUCCUGGACGCUGGCGCGGACGUGAACGCUUCGCACGAGCAUCGCCACUUCGGGAGCAUCGCACCCUUGGCCGCCGCCAUCAUGUCGAGUAGCAGCAGCUCGGGCAUGCGCCGGCUGCUCGUCCUCCACGGCGCUAUGUACGAGCCGGCGGCGCUGCACUUUCGGCCCGUCGCUCGCCCGACCCGACACCCACUCUUCGCUGCGGUCCAGCGCCUCGCACAGUCUCAGGUCCAUGACACCUCUAUAGUGGAGGAAUGCCUCGCGCACGGCUGCUGCCUCAACCGUGUAGAGCCGCGCGUCUGGGAUCGUGGCUUCAACUGGGACUGGCGGCCGCGUCAGCAGUCCAGCACGCCGCUGCUCGAGUUCCUGGACACGAUCCCGUCCAUGUCAGGCGGCAGCGCUGCGCAAAAGCGCGCCACGCUCCAGAAUCUGGCAUUCCUACUGGCGCGGGGCGCCCGAACGCCCAUCGCUCCCGAAGACGACGUCCCCGGCACGUUGGCCCAGGCGAUGACGCCGUCGUGCCUGGAGCUUCUCAUCGACAGGUGGCAGGUUGAGUCGCUCAAUGACGACCACUUCUUCGCCAUCGUGACCAUGCUGGUCGAGGCAGGCUGCAUGGACGGGGCUAUGGGUCGCAUCAUGAGACGGUACUGUCGGGGUAUUCGCAACCGCGACCCCUUCUUUGCGUCUGCCUGGCGAGGCUGGCGGAGACUCAUCGAUCUGUUCCUCUCCCGCCGCGGCGUGGACCCGAGCGUGCUGUUGCUGCACCUGCUUGUCGAAUCGGGCACCAAGGAGAUGGCGGCCGUGGAGCGACUGCUCGUCGCCGCCGUCGAUCACCUCCUCGCCCGCGGCGCCGACAUCAACGCGCCGGCCUCGCCGCUCGGCAGCUCCGCGCUGCACAUGCUGUGCACCAUCUACCAGCACCCCAACCCAGACACCAUGUGGUGGCACCGCUCGCCUUACCAGGAACCAGUUGUCCAGCACCGUCGCGAGCUCCUCCGCUUGAUGAUGAGCCGCGGUGCUGACCCCCUCCUGCGCUUCAACGGGCGCAACGCGCCGACCGAGCUCGUCCAGUACCUCGCCAUCGCAGACCCCUCGACGCGCGCCUGGAUCAAAAAGGUCAGCAGGACCCUGUGCGAGGGCAUGGUUGCUCAGCGCGCCGCGGGCAGAAGGGCAUGCUCUUACCACGUGCGCAACGUCGUCAGGCACGAGUCGCCGAGCGCCAGCUACUUGCCGCGAGCAGCUCGGCGGACGGGCACCCCUCGCGAGGUGACAUCAAGAGUCGCGGAGGGGCGUGGGCUCUCUUUCUAA